AUGACUUUUCCCAGAAUGCCUUGCGAGCUGCUCACCCUCGAUGUCAUGGAUGUCUCUGGGGAGCAGCAGCACGGGGUCUCACACGGUGUGAAAAAUGUCCGCCUCCGACCUGAAUCCCAAGGGGGUGGUGUCAUUGAUAUCAAAUCCAUGAAAGUCCACGACGAUCCUGCUGAGCAUCUGGAUCCAUCCUAUUGUGGUGAAUGUUACGGUGCUACGGCUCCCCCUAACGCACGAAAGGCUGGGUGCUGCAAUACCUGCGAUGAAGUCCGAGAGGCAUACGCAAGCCAGGGCUGGGCGUUUGGCAGGGGCGAAAACGUCGAGCAGUGUACACGUGAGCACUAUGCUGAAAGGUUGGAUGAGCAGCGUGAGGAGGGUUGUCGCGUUGAGGGCCAUCUCGAAGUCAACAAGGUCGUAGGAAACUUUCAUCUCGCCCCUGGUCGCAGCUUCAGCAACGGGAAUAUGCAUGUUCACGACCUCAAGAACUAUUGGGAGACCCCCAAUGGCAAGCAGCACGACUUCACGCACACGAUUCACCAGCUUCGUUUCGGUCCUCAGCUUCCUGCUGCGGUUUCCGACCGAUUAGGCAAGGGCUCCAUGCCUUGGACGAACCAUCAUAUUAACCCCCUUGAUGGAACCAGGCAGGAGACUGGCGACCCGGCCUUCAACUACAUGUAUUUUGUCAAGAUCGUGCCCACUUCGUAUCUACCCCUCGGUUGGGAGAAGAGAUUCAAGAACGCGGCCGGGUCGACGUAUGGCAAUGCCGAUGGCAGCCUUGAGACACACCAGUACUCGGUCACUAGCCAUAAGCGAAGUCUUGAGGGAGGUAACGACGCCGCUGAGGGCCAUGCAGAACGUCAGCAUUCACAAGGCGGUAUUCCCGGCGUCUUCUUCUCAUAUGACAUUUCUCCCAUGAAGGUGAUCAACAGAGAGGAGCCUGCUAAGACCUUCACUGGCUUCCUUGCAGGUCUCUGCGCAAUUGUCGGCGGUACGCUCACUGUCGCCGCCGCUGUGGACCGUGGCCUGUUCGAGGGUGCUGCGAGACUGAAGAAGAUGCGGUCAAAGGACUUGUAA